GGAAAAAAUCACCAACUAUUCCAUGUAGCGAAGACCAUGUUCAAAUAUAUUCACUGCCAGGCAUUUUUAUCUGUUUAUUUACUGGAGAAGAGGGUGAUGAGAAAUUAAGAAAUUUACUUGGUGAAGAAGAUUGGGUGGGCGAUUAG